AUGUCGCGUUUCGUCUCGGGAGGAACUGUGGACAAGCCCACUGAACGCGAUGACGAAUGGUUGAAGGCGCAGGAACAAAUCGAAGCUGCACGACGGAAGAAGGAGGACGAAAGCAGGCAGCACGGAGGAAAGAGCUUGUACGAGGUCCUUCAGGCUAAUANNAAGCUUCCAGAUGCGAAGCAGGAGGCCUUUGAAGAGGUAGAUGAAACCACUGAGCGUGACUCUGCAAUUACUGACAGAAGUUCUUACAGGNCAGCUAAACUCAAAAACCAAUUCAGAUCCUUAGAUCAGGAUGAGGUCGAAUUUCUGGACACGGUGAUGGAAUCGACGAGAGCCAAGGAGGAGGCCGUGAAAAGAGAAACCGCCGAACGACUCGAAGCCUUCAGGCGCCAGCAAGAGGAUACCGAGAAAGCGUCCCGUGGAGAUGCACCUGAAGCGAGCAACCAAUCUGAAGGAGAUACCUGGGCUUUCAAUGCUCGCAAGCGCAAACGAACCAAGGAGAAGGAAGCGAUCGCGGGUCUCAAGCUGCGCAAGAGCUCUUCAUCAGCAACUCAGAUGACUCCAGACGCAGGAGCAGCAGCAGGGGCGGCGUCAGACGACAAAACCCAGUCGCCGUCGAGUCCUGCACCUACGCCUGCCAACCAGUCAGCCAAAUCUGUGCAACCGCCCGCCGCAACGAUAGACAAGGCCGUCUCGGCCAAGAUCGACCAGGCACCAGCGGCCGCUGCUGCUUCAACAACUCCGGCUCCCGCUGCCGCACUUGGUCUCGCGGCCUACUCAUCCGACGACGAUGGUGAUUGA